CUCUCCUUUCCAGAACCACCUUCUUCACUGUGCCGUCCUCGCUCACUGCCGCUCCUGCCUUUAUUAACGCCCUCGCGCGUGCUGCACCACCUCACAACACACUCACCGCCGCUGCUUCAAUCCAAGAAGAGAGAGCUAGCUGCCCAAGAGAGCGGGGAGAAUGGAGGGGAAGGAGGAGGACGUGCGCCUGGGCGCGAACAAGUUCUCGGAGCGGCAGCCCAUCGGGACGGCGGCGCAGGGCGGCGGUGACGACAAGGACUACAAGGAGCCCCCGCCGGCGCCGCUGUUCGAGCCCGGGGAGCUCAAGUCCUGGUCAUUCUACCGCGCAGGCAUCGCCGAGUUCAUCGCCACCUUCCUCUUCCUCUACAUCACCGUCCUCACCGUCAUGGGCGUCUCCAAGUCCCCCUCCAAGUGCACCACCGUCGGCAUCCAGGGCAUCGCAUGGUCCUUCGGGGGCAUGAUCUUCGCCCUCGUCUACUGCACCGCCGGCAUCUCUGGAGGACACAUCAACCCGGCAGUGACUUUUGGGCUGUUCUUGGCCAGGAAGCUGUCCCUGACCAGGGCCAUCUUCUACAUAAUUAUGCAAUGCCUAGGGGCCAUCUGUGGAGCUGGAGUUGUGAAGGGCUUCCAGCAGGGGCUGUACAUGGGCAACGGCGGUGGCGCCAAUGUAGUUGCCAAAGGCUACACCAAGGGUGAUGGCCUUGGUGCUGAGAUCAUUGGCACCUUUGUCCUGGUAUACACCGUCUUCUCGGCUACUGACGCCAAGAGGAAUGCUAGGGACUCCCAUGUUCCGAUCCUCGCCCCACUUCCGAUUGGAUUUGCGGUGUUCCUGGUCCAUCUGGCCACCAUCCCCAUCACUGGCACCGGCAUCAACCCAGCUAGGAGCCUUGGGGCUGCCAUCAUCUACAACAGGGACCAUGCCUGGAAUGACCAUUGGAUCUUCUGGGUCGGCCCCUUCGUUGGCGCUGCUUUGGCUGCCGUCUACCACCAGGUGAUCAUCAGAGCAAUUCCGUUCAAGAGCAGGUCUUAAGCUGCCGCUGCUACCAAUCAGAAGAUCGAGCUUCUUGUGAUGUCUUGUUUCCCUCGCCCUACUAGCGUGUCCAUCGUUGACUCUCCAUCUCUCUUUGAAAUGUUCUCUCCUAUCUGAAUCCAGACUUGUGUAAUUCGGUACUCAGCUCUGCGUGUGCUUAUCGUGGAUAUUUAAGUCAUGACUUGUUGUAGU